AUUCUGGUCGGUGGGGGACGUGGGUCAUGUGAAAGACACACUGCACUUGCAGUUCCCUGCACAGAUCUGAGUUUGGAAGACACUCGACUAGAAGAUGGCCUCGCUCAAGUUCGUGUUGUUUCUCUCCGUUGGUCUCCAGGGCUUUGCUCUGACUUCGAGUGCCGCUGGUUUGCAAAGUGUCCCAGACGCCACGAGACUCACUGGGGACGUCUGCCAGGACUGCACCCAAAUAUUUGAACUCCUUGAGGACCUGCUUUCCAGUAAAGACCUGGAGAAAAAGAUGAUAGAUGGCUUUGAGUCUCUGUGCGACCACCUGCCUGCCGCUACUGCCAGACUCUGCAGAGAGGAGGUGGAGAAGAUGCUCCCAAUGGCCAUCAGCUUCAUCACUGGAGUCGUAGACCCGGCGGAGGUCUGCAAAAUCAUUGGGCUCUGCGGCUCCUGUGACAAACAGGAGAAGAUGCUCAGCUACUUUGUGAAGGAGGCCCUUCAGGCUGCCGUGACAACUGAAAAUGGGCAGCCCGCAACACAAUGCUCCUUCUGCAUUUUCCUUCUCAAGACGUUGGAGGACCUGCUGCCUAAAGACAGGACAGAGGCCGUUGUGAUCAAGCUGCUGGAGGAGAUCUGUCACAUUGUGCCUCGCACCUACCGCGACCAGUGUGAGGGCGUCAUAAGCACGUACGGCAAGAUGGUGCUGGACGCCAUCAUGAGAUACGCCACGCCGAAGGCCAUCUGCUCUCUCAUCCACCUGUGUAAAGGGCAGGAGGCUGCGGCUCUCGCAGACCCAUGCACUUGGACAGCAUACAGGUGCAGAGACGUCAACACUGCCCUCCGAUGUGGAACUUUAUUCUACUGUCAGAGAUUUGCCUGGAGGCCACUCGAAGACAACAUGCUCUAAAAAUCUGAGGGUGGGAGUGAACAUGUGAGUCAUCGUCGGUGCCUCCAGGAACGACCAGGAAAUAUUUCUCAAACAAUGAUCACAUAUUGAUUAAAUAUUUGGCCACAAGCUCAAGAAAUCAAAAGAUCAAAUGUAAACAAAGUGACAAUAGUGUUCUGUAUACUUGCCAAUUUUUUAUAUUUUUGAAUUGCGACUUUAAAUUAGAUUUUUGUACUCACUCAUUUCUAUUCCAUAUUACAAUUUUUUUUUUUAAUAAAGUGUCUUUUUGAUGACCUCAGGAGAAAUAUCCCAAUGAAUAUUGUUAAAUGAUGUGUGUAUAAUAUGGGCUUUGAUUAAUUUUCCCAUUAAAGAAGCUUUUCAACAGUA